AACCAGGAGAGAUCUGCAGGCAGCUCCACCAUGUCGGACAGUGACCUCGGAGAGGACGACAGCGCCACGUCCCUGGACCUGUCUCAGUCGAGCAAGAGGAAAAGGAGGGGGAAUCUGCCCAAGGAGUCUGUGAAGAUCCUUCGGGACUGGUUGUAUGAGCACCGCUUCAACGCCUACCCCUCUGAGCAGGAGAAGCUCAGCCUCUCGGGACAGACCAGCCUCUCGGUGCUGCAGAUCUGCAACUGGUUCAUCAACGCGCGGAGGCGGCUGCUGCCCGACAUGCUGCGCAAGGACGGCAAGGACCCCAACCAGUUCACCAUCUCCCGCCGCGGCGGCAAGGCCGGCGAUGCGGCCCUGCCGCGAGCGGCCGCCGCCGGCGUCCUGGUGGUGCCCAGCUUCCAGCUCCUGGUGGAAGUGGCGCUGCAGAAGGCGGCCGAGCUGGAAUCGCAGCGGCAGAGCGGGCAGCUGCCCCUCUCACCUCAGACUGAGCCCCUGGGAGUCUCCAUCUCCAAAUAA